AUGCGGAGCGUCCUGCGAAUCGCUUCUGCUCACUUGGCUCUUUACCUGUUUGUUAUUCUGUACGUCCUCAUUGGAGCCUACAUUUUUCACUACAUGGAAGGUGACAAUGAGGUCUAUCUACACGAUUUGCAGCGGUUUGUUUUUUUUCUGAGAAAUAUGAUUUUAAUUAAAAUGGGGGCGCUCCGUAGCGCAACAGAUUGUGUGCCUGUCUACGGUCCACAGGGUCACAAGUUCGAUCCCUGCCCCGACCCAACCAAGGGGUUUAAGAAAUGUUGGUAGUGGGAAACCACGACUUCGAAAUCCCCAGCCGUCACACACAAGGACGGAUAUGUCACUGGAGCCAGUCCACUGAUUAUCAUCAGGAUAGGACCUCGGCUAACCGACUUGGGGCGUCGACGCCGCUCAAGCGGUACAGAGGCGUAAGAAGAAGAAGAAGAAGAAGAUUUUAAUUAAAAUGGUAUGAUUGCCCAUGAAUGUCAAAAUUUUUCCUUGAUUCUGGAUGUUUCUAAAAAAUUCGCGUCAUUUUGAGCUAGCUCCAACUUGUUCUGCUUUUGAUUGCGCCAUCAUUACUGUACAUACAUCAAAAAAAUUUUCAUUUCAAUUUCGGAUGUUUUUCUUCAAGGUUUUUACCUCGCUAUAGUUUUUGGCUGAAUCGUAAAAAAAAUAACACCAUGGAUUACACGAUUGUAUUGAGAAUGAACGUGGUAUAAAAAAUUCAAUAACCUUGUAGAAAUAUCAAACUUUAUCUUUUCAGAGAGCACGUUUUACGGCUGAAAAAAGAAGUCAUAGAAAAAAUAGCCUCGACUAAAAAUGUGAGUGUCUUUGAUUUCUGUUUAAAGAAAAAUGAAAUUUCAGGUAGAUGAUAUUGACGCACAUUUACGGUUUUUCUUGAAAAACAUAUCAUAUUUGCAUAUAAGUUUAGAUAACUAUUUGAUUUACAACGAGCCUCUGAAGGUUGGGCAGAGAGGCAGCAUAACCCACAUUUCUAUUUCAGGUCGUUCAAAAACGCUGGACUUUUCCGGCGAGUGUACUUUUUUCUUUCACAAUUUUGACAACUAUAGGUGAGAAGGAAAAUAACGAUUUUUGACGAUAAAGUUCAGGGUACGGUAAUGUCACUCCUUCCACGCAGGAGUGCAAAAUUUUCACAAUGGUUUAUGGGGCUUUUGGGAUUCCUCUUUUUCUGAUCACUAUAGCUGAUUUGGGCAGAUUUUCUAAAACAGGUUAAACUUGGAAGCUUUAAAAAACUGAAAUCAAAGUUCAGCGAUCAUGAGUAUAGUUCAAAAGGUCUACAAGAAAGAGCUCAAGAAACCGGGAGAACAACGGUUUUUGAGAGAACUCGGCGAGGUUUAGUUGUAUUGAAAGACUUUGAAAUCAGAAAAUUUUCAGGUUUUCCUAGUAGCACUUCUAUUCGUCCUGUUCAUAGCGAUAGGAUCCGCGGUAAUACCAUUAUGGGAAGACCAACUCACUUAUUUCGACAGUGUUUAUUUUUCCUACAUGUAAGUGACGUAUCAUUGAUUUCUGCAAUCGUCUGCAUUUUAAAAAAGAUCUUUUGAUCCAUUAUAAGUUAUUUCUAAAAAAAACUGCUAAAUAAUUUUUUUGCAGGAGCUUAACGACUAUUGGCUUAGGCGACAUAGUUCCUAGGUGAAUCUUGAGAAAAAGUGAAAAAUGAGAAAAAUUUUGUUAAGAAGAAUGGAUUUUCUACUGCCAACUCUUAUUUAUAUCACGAUCGGCUUGUGGCUGACUACAGCUCUAGUUGAACAACUAGCCGACGUUUUCCGACUUGUGCACUACGCCGGGCGACAAGUCACCAAUGUCAAAGGGGUCCGAACUUUUAUUGUUUUUUGAGGAACUCAACUUUUGAUUAAGAUCACGGUGUGGCUCGGAGGAAGGCGUUUGUCCGUUGGUGGCCUUAUUAGUACGGUUUGUCGUCGGGUCGGCAUGUCAGAUCAUCUUAUCAGUCAGUUUGAGGCGUUGUUAAUCUUGGUUAUCACUUAUCUCAAAAAAUUUGAUUUUGUGACGUUGAUACUGGAAAUUUUAAGUUUUAUUAUUCGGAGGUUUUCGGACUCCAAUAAUAGUUUUAUAACUGAAACCCAAAAAUGAGAUUCUCCAUUUCGAAACUUAAAACUUGAGCUGAGUGAGUCUUCCAGGAUUUUUUUUUCCGUAUUACGUCCGAGAUUGUCCCUCAGUUUUUAUUAAAACUCUUGCCCUCCCAUUGAGAUGAACAACCUUAUCAAAGUCUCAAUUAGCAGAACAUUUUUUUUGAAGAGCUAACUAUUCAAAGUUAGCAACUUUCAGUACAAAUCCUUCGGUGAGGCCUUUCUUUAGGAGAAAAAAAAAACUGAAAACUAGUGUUUUCUUUCGAAACAUUGUUUUAUGAAUAUGUUGCUCUGAAAAACUCGAGUUUUGAUAAAGAUUUCUCUCUUCAGAUCAAAUCAACUGGGACAAAACGAUUGACCAGGCUUUGUCUGGAAUUGCGCCGGGAGCUCUACCAAUCUUUCCAUGGCAUUUCACAGAUUUCCUGGAGCAUGACCCUCCUCUGAUUGAUCUCAGCAUCGACCUCGACCAAAUGGACGUAUGUGUAUGUGGUUUGCAUGUUUUCUGCUUCUUUCUCGAUAUUCUGUUUCUAGUGUGAUCAAAGCGGUUUCUCGAAUGGAAUGUAUUCACUCAUUUCAGGAAAAAUGACGUGAAUAUACUUUUUUCUUCAUACUACUUCUGAAUUAAUUUGCUGCUCGCAGAUUUUCUGGGAAUAAUCUUGGCUUGAACUUAGCAUAACUGGUUCCAAUUUUCCACACACAAAGAAUUCACAGAUUAUUUUCAUUUUUUUUGCAUCAAGUAGUUUUUUCGCGUUUUCCUAGAUGUGCUAAAACUUUUAAGCAUGCUCUUUUUAUCUGUCGCGGUUUUCGCAUGUUCCUAGAGUAAAAAGCACGGCUUGCAAAAUUUUUGUCAUGGGUUUGGAAAUUGAGAUAAUCCAGAAGUUUUUGUUGGCUUCAAACCAUUUCGGUGAGAUGAUCAUUUUAUCCACCCCUGCAGUUUUGAGCACAGCUUGGAAUGAAGAACUGACACGAAUCAUCUUAAAUCUGAGGGAGAAAAUGAUCGAAUUUUUCCACCUUCUUAUGAACCAAGAAUUGCAGGGCUCAUUCUACUGCUCUCGACCUGCACCGACGAAACGAAGGCGGGAAAGUCAGAUGAGUGCUCCGACCAUCAGUUGGAUGCGGCCGCACGAAGAGGCGCGAAUCUUGGAGCGAGCCAAUUACGCCGUCCCCGACAACUAA